GUCAGGGAUCCGGUUCGUUUCCGCUGUUCGGGGACGCAGUUUGGGGAGGGUGCAACAAACUACGUCAAAGCGUUUAAGCCGCUGCAGGUGCACCAGCGGGAAACGCGUGUACUUCACCGAUUCACACCAGCUAAACAGCAACACUUCAACAUACGGAGGGAAAAACAGAAUAAGCUGAUAAACAGAAUCUGGUAAAAAAAACAAAAAACAACGAGCCUUACAGACUAGAUCCCACUCGGGUCGGAUCACGUCUAUGCGUGUGGUAGCGCAGUCCAGGAGGGAGUGUAAUCUGAAGCGUGGGAAAGCGACGUUUUCUCCGGGGAUCUGAGACUGUAAACUCAGCCAUGGCUCAAGAGAAUGGAGAGGCGACCAAAGAUUCGUGGAAGAAGCAAGCGGACGACAUCAAGCAGAUCUUUGAAUUCAAGGAGGUUCUCGGAACAGGUGCAUUCUCAGAGGUGGUUUUGGCUCAGGAGAGGUCUACGGGGAAGAUGUUUGCUGUGAAGUGCAUCCCUAAAAAGGCUUUGAAGGGGAAGGAGAGCAGUAUCGAAAACGAGAUUGCUGUGCUUCGCAAGAUCAAGCAUGAGAAUAUUGUGGCCCUGGAAGACAUCUAUGAAAGCUCUGAUCACUUGUACCUAAUAAUGCAACUGGUUUCAGGAGGGGAGCUGUUUGAUCGUAUAGUGGAAAAAGGAUUCUAUACCGAGAAAGAUGCUAGCACCCUUAUCAGACAAGUACUAGAUGCAGUCAACUAUCUUCACACCAUGGGCAUUGUACAUCGAGACCUAAAGCCCGAGAAUCUCCUUUAUUAUAAUCCUCAAGAUGGCUCAAAAAUCAUGAUCAGUGAUUUCGGCCUCUCUAAGAUGGAGGGCACAGGUGAUGUUAUGUCCACUGCCUGUGGCACACCAGGAUAUGUGGCUCCUGAGGUGCUUGCUCAAAAGCCAUACAGUAAAGCUGUGGAUUGUUGGUCAAUUGGAGUUAUUGCCUACAUCCUGUUGUGUGGUUAUCCCCCCUUCUAUGAUGAGAACGACUCCAAACUCUUUGAGCAGAUCCUGAAAGCUGACUACGAGUUUGAUGCACCGUAUUGGGAUGAUAUAUCUGAUUCUGCCAAGGACUUUAUAAGCAAUUUGAUGGAGAAAGACUCUGUUAAGCGCUUUACCUGUGAACAAGCUUUGCGUCAUCCAUGGAUUGCUGGAGACACUGCUCUCUGCAAGAACAUACAUGAGUCUGUCAGUCGUCAAAUGCGUAAAAAUUUUGCAAAGAGCAAAUGGAGGCAAGCUUUCAAUGCUACGGCAGUAGUGAGGCACAUGAGGAGGCUGCAGCUGGGCAGCAGUAUGGGUGCCAGCAUGGACAGUUCUCAACCAAACAACAAUAACCAGAGUCGGGUACAUGCCACAAAGCAGCAAACCACAACAACUAACCCAGUUGUAAACUCUCCAGUGACCAUCAACCAGACUCAGAAAGCUGUUUCAGGCCAGAACCAGUAUCAUAUCAACAACAUGUCUACAGAGUCAACUGCUAUAUUACGCAAAGACUGUCCGGCCCCUCCCCAUGCCUCCUGUUCUCUGGCAUCUGCAGCUUCUUCUUCAGCUUCAGGGGUGGAGCCCUGCAGGUCACACCCCUCAUCAGUUGCCUCGGUGAGCACCAUGCUAACUGGGACUAAGUGA